AUGGAUGAAUCUUCUUCGUCAAGUCUUGUUUCAGUUAAUCCACCGGAAACCGUACCCUAUAUUAAAUGUAAUUUUUUAGAUAAAGAUACAGAUCUCAAUGAAAAUCCAGUAUGGAACAAUGAAAUUGCUUUAUUACUUUCAUAUUGGCUUCAACAAAGAGCUAAUCAUGAUGAUAUCUUUGGAAGUUUUCGUUCAGCAAAUGCACAUACGGAUAGUUUGGGUGAAGUUGAUGUUAUAUCCGAUGCUGAGCACAUCAAAAAAUUACUGAAAGUUCCAUUUAAUAAACAUAGUCAAAUAUCAAUGAUUGUACAUCGCUUAGGACGAACUAUACUUCUCGAUGAGUUUGAUGUUCAUUCGCAUUUAUUACGCCUUGAAAAGAAUGAAUGGACAUGGUUUCGAGAUUUUUUUCUUGAUACAAUUUUACGAAAUAUUUCUGUUAAACAUUUCUAUAAAAAAAAUAAAUCACGUGAUGAACUUAUACGAAAAGAUCGUCUCGUUAAGUUUUUAUGUCAAAGUGUUGAAUUGCCUCAAUUGCCACGCUCAAAUUCGAAUACUACUGACGAAUCUCAAUCUACGGAAGCACCAUCAACAAACAAUGAAUCAACAACUACAACAGCUGCAGCCUUGUUACAACAAAUAAAAGAUCUUGUUAAUGCAAGCAAUAAUCUUGAAGAUGAUAAUGAUGAAAAUCAAAACGAAAAUUGUACUUCAUCACCAUUUCAACGAACGGUUAAUUGGACAUUUGAAAAUAUGAAAAUGUUAAUUGGAUCAGAUUUACCUAUUUUCGGGGAUGAACAACAUCCAGCUGUUAGUCUUCGUUUAAGAGAAAUGAAUAAACCAAUAAAUGUUUUAACUGGUAUUGAUUGUUGGCUUGAUAAUUUAAUGUGUAACGUUCCUGAAUUAGCAAUGUGUUAUCAUGUUGAUGGUAUUGUUCAAUCAUAUGAAAUAAUUAAAACAGAAGAUAUACCCUAUCGUGAGGGUUGUCAAUUUCCUCCAGGCGUUGUUCGAGAUCUAGCGACUAAUCUUCUUUCAUUUCUUAAAGCAAAUGCAACCAAAGAAGGACAUACAUAUUGGUUAUUUAAGGGUCCCGAUGAUGAUAUUGUUAAAUUAUAUGAUUUAACGAGUUUAUGUGAAACCGAUCGUGAUGAUAAUCCUUAUACGUUACCCGUUGCAACGUUGCUUUAUAAAAUGGCACAUAAUAUGGUAUUGAAAUCUGAUUAUGAAACACGUUUAAAAGAAUCUGGCACAAUACGUACAUUACUCAAACAUUGUUUAGAUAUGCUUGACCCAGAGAAAUUUCCCGAAUACUAUUGUGCUGCUGCAUAUAUGAUGUCGGAUCUAUUUAUUGAUGAUAAUAUUACUGAACGAAAUUGGACGUAUGAUGAAAAUGAUUUGACAGAUUCGGAAUCGUCAAAAAAUACUUUAUCGUUUGAAAAAGAAAAAGAAUCAGUUACAUUUGCUUGUGUUGAUAUUAAAACACUGGUGCAAUCGAAAAAACAUCAUUUCCGUGAAAAUCAAGAUGUACCACGUCUCGGUCCUGUUCAUGGUAAUCUUGAAGGACGAGCAAGAGAAGCAUUGAAAUAUUUAGUCACGGCACUACGCAGUAAUAUAGUUUAUCGUCGUAUACAAGCAACUAAAAGUCCCGAUGAAAAAGACCAAAAAGCCGAUGAAAUUAAUCAAAAAUCAAAAUUGAUUGUUCCAUUACCUUAUCAAACGACUCGAAACUGUACAAAAUUUUUAAUCGAUAGUAAAAACCGUUUGACAGGUGAUCAACGUUUAAAAUCGAUUAUUCUACACAAAGCAGCCUCAGCUUAUUUUUGUCUUGUUGAUCGUUGUGAACAAGAUAAAAACUAUGGGUCUUGUUUACGUUAUCUUCGAUUAGCACUUAAUUGUUACAGUGCGGAAUUUAAACUUCAAUCGAGAGAUCAAAAUAAUACUGAUUGUAAAAAAUUAUUAUCCUAUAUUAUGAGUAUAGCUGGCGAUUGUCGUUUAAUGAUCGGGCACGUCACAUCAACAGAAGAAAUCGAUAAAUUCCGUGAACAAUAUCAAAUUAUGAGUGAUAUUGAUUCUGAAAUUCAAAGUGUAAUCAAUGAAGUUGGAAUAGAUGAAAAUUCUUCCGAAUUCUCUUGGGUAUAUGAAUUAACACCAAUUAUUGAACGUAAUCUAUCAGCUAGCGCGCAUGCGUAUGAGUACGCAAUUAAUAUUGUUCAAAGUCUUGGUGAUCAUGAGAAAGAACGUCUUCAUCUGUUAGUAAAACGUUUGGGUAAUGUUAGAAAUGAAACGGGAGUUUAUUGGAUGAAUCAUUGUGCUCAAGAAUUAAAAGAUAUGAAUGAAGAAAUACCAAAAGAUCUAAAAAAUUUAUUCCGAAAAAGUUUCGAAAGUUUUGAUGCUGGAAUUCGGGCAUUUGAAAAAAUCAAUGAUAUAUCAAAUGUUGCAUUAUUACAUUCAAAUCUUGGCCGAUUGAUGAGAUAUUAUGCACAAUAUUAUGUUCCGUUAGUUGACGGCGUACGACAGGAAUUUUCUCAACAAGAACGACAAAGUUAUCAUAAAGCUUUUGACUAUUAUAUACGUGGAUUAAAAAUUGUUGAAAAUCGUACAGAACUAUUUGAGAUUUAUCGAACAUUAUCAUGGGAAUUAUCAAAUAGUUAUUUUGCAAUGGCUAUAUCACUUCAAGAUUUUGCACCAUUGAGUACGACUUCACAAGAAGAUGUUGAAAAAGAAGUUAUUGAAUGUAUGACACGUGCAUUGAAAUAUCUCGACGUUGAACUUCAUUAUCCAACAUCAAAUCGUUAUUUACUAGCAAAAUAUCGUGCUGGUACAGUUCAUCAUCGAUUAGCAUCCUUAUUACAUAAUGCUUUUCGAACAGAAGAUAGUAAAACUCGUCGAAAACAUUUACGUUCUUUAGCUUCAUUACAUUAUGAAAAGGCCUUGAAACUAUUUUCACCUAAUGAUAAUCCACUCGAAUAUCUACGGCUUUUAAUUGAAGAAGUUGCUCUAGCUGACUUUGAACUUCAAAAUGCAAAUGACAAUUCAUCACGUUUAAAAUAUUCUCAACAAGGGUUACGUGCUUCAUUUCAAUGUCAACAAACGAUUGGUAUUAUUGAUGAGCAUCGACAAAGUUCGGAUCCCGAUGAUUAUAAUGAAUCAUUUGUACAAGAAGCACAACGUCUUUUGUCUAUAUUAAAUGGGCGUAUACAAACUUUUCUCAAAGAAAUCGUUAAAAUCUUAAAAAGUACAAGCAGUAAAAAAAUUAUGUAUGAAGAUUACAAAGAAAUGUAUAGUAUAUCACUGAGACUAACUGAUACAGCGGCAACAUUUCCACGUGACUUAUAUGAUGCCAUUGAACGCGUCAAAAAAAUCUAUGAUAAAAAUACCAGUGACUAA